AUGAGGUGCGAUCUCUUUCCUAUCAUAUUCCUGCAGCUGCUCCUCCUGUGGCGGGUGAGGGUGAGCAGCCAGCGCAUCCAGCCCCGCAUCGUGGGAGGCACCACCACCACCCAGUCGGCAGUGGGUGGCUAUGUGGUGAAUCUGCGCUACGAUGGCACCUUCUACUGCGGCGGCUCCCUGGUGACCAGGAUGUAUGUGGUGACGGCGGCACACUGCGUGAGUGGCUACCAGGCGAGCCGCAUGACGGUCCAGGGCGGAGUGAGCAGGCUCUCGGAAACGGGUGUGAUACGACGCGUGGCCAGGACCUAUGUGCCCGGCAGCUACAGCAGCUCUCGACUGAACAUGGACGUGGCCGUGAUCCGGCUGCAGAGCUCCAUGACGGGCAGCAACAUCGCUACGAUCCCGCUGUGUUCGGCGCAGUGGAAUCCCGGCGACUACAUGCGCGUCUCUGGCUGGGGCACCACACAAUCCAGCAGCAGCCAGCCCUCCAACCAACUGCGCACCGUGCAGAUCCAGCUUAUCCGGAAGACCGUCUGCCAACGGGCGUACCAGUACCAGGACACACUCUACGCCUCCACCUUCUGCGCCCGAUCCUCGGGCAAGGACAGCUGCUCGGGCGACUCGGGGGGAGGUGUGAUCUACAGGAAUCAGCUCUGCGGAAUCGUCUCCUGGGGCCUAGGCUGCGCCAAUGCCAACUAUCCUGGCGUCUACACGAGCAUCCAUCGGGCGCGCAGCUUCAUCGUCAGCGCCAUGAACAAGUGA